CCGAGAGUGCUCUUUACCCACAACACUUGUCUGCUGCUCAUACUUAGCUAAGUGCAAAUGACGUUAGCUUUUGUGGCUACUAGUGCCUUGCUGCGAACUCAUUCACUUCGUAUGCAUACUAGCGGAAUGGUUGAACCGGAUAAGGCAGAUAUUUUAGUGUGACGUUGGUAGCUAUCCGUUAACUUUCUAUUCGCUGCAACUGUUCGCUGUUGCUUGUUUUGCAGAUUAGCACAAAGCUGGCUAGCUGUGCGGCUAAUGUUAGUUUUUAGCAUCGCGUCCUUUUAUAUAUGUCAAUGGUCGCGUCGCGGAUAGCUAGCUAACUGUUGUUAGCCAUCUGACGUAAAUAACGCGGACUUUAGUUGUAUCUUACUUAAAGCCAAGGUAAUACUAGUGCACAGCUAAAUUACAAAAAAACAUUAGCUGUCACACUGGAUGACUAACUUUUAACGAUGGCGUUAACUGUGGAAGUCCCUGCUGAUGAGUGGCCCUGAGAAGUGAUUCCGCUGGAUGAGUUAGCAACAAUGUCCUGUAAAUCAACCAAAGUGGCCCCGAGUGUUGAUUUUGACCACAGUUGCUCCGACAGCGUGGAAUAUUUGACGCUCAAUUUUGGCCCAUUUGAGACUGUUCAUCGCUGGAGAAGACUCCCUCCGUGUGAUGAGUUUGUUGGUGCAAGGCGCAGUAAGCACACUGUUGUGGCAUACAGGGAUGCCAUUUACGUGUUUGGGGGAGACAAUGGGAAGAACAUGCUGAACGACUUGCUCCGUUUUGAUGUGAAGGACUGCUCAUGGUGUCGAGCCUUCACCACUGGAACUCCACCUGCUCCCAGAUAUCACCAUUCAGCUGUUGUCUAUGGCAGCAGCAUGUUUGUUUUUGGGGGCUACACCGGAGACAUCUACUCAAACUCGAACCUGAAAAACAAAAAUGACCUUUUUGAGUACAAAUUUGCAACAGGGCAGUGGACUGAAUGGAAAGUGGAGGGGAGCUUGCCAGUAGCUAGGUCUGCACACGGGGCCACUGUCUAUAGUGAUAAACUGUGGAUAUUUGCUGGCUAUGAUGGGAAUGCCAGGCUGAAUGACAUGUGGACCAUCAAUCUGCAAGAUCGAGAACAUGCGUGUUGGGAGGAGAUCGAGCAGAGUGGUGAGAUUCCUCCAUCUUGCUGCAACUUCCCUGUAGCUGUUUGCAGGGACAAGAUGUUUGUGUUUUCUGGUCAGAGUGGAGCCAAGAUCACCAACAACCUCUUCCAGUUUGAGUUCAAGGGCCACAUGUGGACACGCAUCCCGACUGAACACUUACUGCGGGGCUCCCCUCCACCUCCCCAGAGACGUUAUGGCCACACUAUGGUUGCCUUUGACCGCCAACUGUAUGUAUUUGGAGGUGCGGCCGACAACACUCUGCCCAAUGAACUGCACUGCUACGAUGUGGACUCUCAGAGCUGGGAGGUGAUCCAUCCCAGCAUGGACAGUGAGAUGCCCAGUGGGAGACUGUUCCAUGCUGCUGCUGUGAUUCAAGAUGCCAUGUACAUCUUUGGAGGAACUGUGGACAACAAUGUGCGCAGUGGGGAGAUGUACAGAUUCCAGUUUUCCUGCUACCCAAAGUGUACACUCCAUGAAGACUAUGGCAAACUGUGGGAGAAUCGUCAAUUCUGUGAUGUGGAGUUUAUUCUGGGCGAGAGGGAGGAGAGAGUCUUGGGGCAUAUUGCCAUAGUGACUGCAAGAUGUCAGUGGCUGCGGAAGAAAAUCCUGCAGGCUUGGGAUAGGCAGCGACAGAAGACUAAACAAGACAGCUGCGAGGAAAGUGACGAAGGGGCAGCUGGAGGGCCGAGGGAUAUCCCAGCAAGCAACAGACCGAUGCUAGAGGUAUCCAUCAGGGAAGCGGAGGCCCAGCCUUUUGAAGUCUUAAUGCAGUUCCUCUACACAGACAAGAUCCAGUACCCACGCAGAGGUCAUGUUCAGGAUGUUCUUCUAAUUAUGGAUGUAUACAAACUGGCCCUUAGUUUUCAGCUUUCCCGCCUCGAGCAGCUGUGUGUGCAGUACAUUGAGGCUUCUGUCGACCUGCAGAAUGUUCUCAGUGUUUGUGAAAAUGCCAAUAAGCUGCAACUGGACCAGCUCAAGGAACAUUGCCUUAAUUUUGUGGUGAAGGAGUCACACUUCAACCAGGUGAUCAUGACGAAGGAGUUUGAACGUCUGUCCACCCCACUGAUCGUGGAGAUUGUGCGACGAAAGCAGCAACCUCCUCUCCGCUUGUACUCAGACCAGCCCGUGGACAUCGGGACCUCCCUGGUCCAGGACAUGAAGGCGUACCUGGAGGGAGGCGGCUUGGAGUUCUGCGACAUUGUCCUGCUGUUAGACGGACAACCACGGCCUGCUCAUAAAGCCAUACUGGCAGCCCGAUCCAGUUACUUUGAGGCGAUGUUCCGCUCCUUCAUGCCCGUGGACGGUCAGGUUAAUAUCUCCAUCGGUGAGAUGGUUCCAAGUAAGCAGGCCUUUGAGUCAAUGCUGCGUUAUAUCUACUAUGGCGACGUUAACAUGCCUCCAGAGGAUUCCCUCUAUCUGUUUGCUGCACCAUAUUACUAUGGGUUUUCAAACAACAGACUGCAGGCUUACUGCAAGCAGAAUCUGGAGAUGAAUGUCACUGUGGAAAAUGUCUUGCAGAUUCUGGAGGCAGCUGAUAAGACCCAGGCUCUGGACAUGAAGAAGCACUGCCUGCACAUUAUUGUCCACCAGUUCAUUAAGGUAUCCAAGCUCCCCAACCUGCGGUCUCUCAGCCAGCUGCUGCUGUUGGACAUCAUUGAGUCUCUAGCUACACACAUAUCAGACAAACAGUGUGCUGAGAUGGGCUCCGACAUUUAAGAGGACGCCAAGAGUCGGGCUCUUUUCUCUCACAGAAGCCAUACAUCUCUGCUCCACCUACUUCUAGUCAUUCCCUCGUAAAAAAAUGUUUAAGAUUAUUUUUUGGGCAUUUGUAGGCCUUUUAUUGACAGGACAGCUGAAGAAACGAAAGGGGUGAGAGAGGGGGAAUGACAUGCAGCAAAGGGCCGAAGGUCAGAGUCGAAACCGGGCCCGCUGCGUCGAGGAGUAAACCUCCAUAUAUGGGCGCCCGUUAUACCAACUGAGCUAUCCGGGCGCCCAGUUCUUUUCUUUAUGUUGGCCCUCGCAUGUCUUGACCCACAAACAGUAGAAGGCUUUCAUUCACACAGUAUCAAAUUGUUCUCACUCUGUAUCUCAAUGAAGAGUGAAAUCAUGGAAGAAACCGGAUUUUAGCUCAGUUACAAUUUGUUAAAUGGUCUAAAAUUCCCUUUUAUGUUAAGUUAGUGAUUUAUUUAUUUUGAUUACAGAAUUAAAACUUUUGCAAGGUUUAAUUCUGCUCAGUAUUGCUGCUGCAUUUUUUUUAAUACAUUUAGAUAUGCAGUGGACUGUAAUAACUCAUACUUGUGACACUAGAAAGGUUCAAGUGUGGCCAUCAGCUGUUAUCUGCUCAGAUACAUUCUAAGUCAUCUAAAUGCAACUUGAAUAAAGUAUACUAUUACAUGGAUUAUUUAUCUAUAAAACUGUAUUCAUCACUCGCAGUAUUCUCAGCUCUUACUCAGUUAACAAGCCUGGAUAAAAUGUAAGGAAUCAAAAUCAUAUGAAAAUAAUUAGAAUGUAUGUCUGUCUUAAAGCUCUUUGUUUUUGUUUAAUGUUAUUGUCACUGGUACACAUCUUUUGUAAUAUGUAUCACCUCUUAACCAUUACUAACAGACUCUCUCUAUCCAUACAAUAUAGCAAUGUGUAUUUAGUGACCUCAGUAUGCUGUUAUUAAAUAUUUAACCAUACGGAUUUCAUGUAUUUAAAGCCUUAAUAAAUCUUAUACAAAAUGA